UGUUCAUACAGAUGUAAAUAGUUCACUUGGUGUUGAAGUUAAAGAGGAUCAGAAGCUCAUCCGUUCAGCUUCCACACAUCAUGUUUUCUGUCACUCUGCUGCUGCUGUUGGCAGCUGGAUCCUACGUGAAGUGUGAAACACUGGUACAGCCAGCCUCCAUGACUGUACAACCAGGUCAACGUCUGACCAUCACCUGUCAGGUUUCUUAUUCUUUGGGCUACUACACAGCUUGGAUCAGACAGCCUGCAGGGAAAGGACUGGAGUGGAUUGGGAUGAAACACACUGGAGCUUCAUAUUAUAAAGAUUCACUAAAGAACAAGUUCAAUAUUGACUUAGAUACUUCCAGUAAAACAGUGACUCUGAAUGGACAGAAUAUGCAGCCUGAAGACACGGCUGUGUAUUACUGUGCGAGAGCGUAUUAUAGCAGCUACGGCUACGCUUUUGACUACUGGGGAAAAGGCACAAUGGUAACCGUCACCUCAGCGACUUCCAAGGCCCCAGAGGUAUUUCCUUUGAUGUCAUGUGGCUCUGGGAGUGGAGACACGGUCACCCUGGGGUGCCUUGCCACCGGUUUCACUCCCUCCUCACUGACUUUCGAAUGGAAACAAGAUGAAACACCUUUGCCUGACUUCAUCCAGUAUCCUGCAAUACAGAAAGGCAGUGAAUAUAUGGGAAUUAGUCAGAUCCAAGUGAAGAGACAGGACUGGGACGCAAGAAAGUCUUUCAGAUGUAUCGCAAAACACGCCGCGGGGGAAAGACCUGCUACUGUGAUCAAGCCAAGAAUGAAGGUUUUCUCUCCAAAUAUCACACUGUACCCUGUAUGGGACAGUGAUUUGAGGGCCUCACAAGUCACACUCAUCUGUACCCUAAGUGGCUUCUUCCCCAAAGCGUUGAGCGUGGAGUGGCAACAGAACGAUGUGCAUCUAGCUCAUAUUAAACCGAUUGAAAGGAUGUUGCAGAGUAUGGACGGAGAGGAGAAAACCUACAGUUUAACCACUGAGAUCCAGCCAAGCCAGGAAGAGUGGGAAAAUGGUUCAAGUUUUACUUGCAAGGCGGUUCACAAAGACAUUACAUUUAAAAAGGCAACAAGUAUUUGUCACAUUUAUGGAAGAAACUCUUCUUCCAUCCACGUGGAGAUUCCCAGUUUUCAGACUGUAAUGAAGUCAGACUCUGAGGUGAAAGUCACAUGUUUGCUCCACACUGCCUUUAAUGCCAAAAUCACCUGGCUGAUGGAUGGGAGGGUCCCACCAAGUGAUAAAGUGACAACGACUUCAAACACAACUCAUAUAAUCAGUGAUGUUACAGUUUCCCCGAGUCAGUGGAAGCAGAUGAAGAAAGUAACAUGUAGAGCAGAACAUAAGUGCUUCACAUCUGCUGAGAAGACAGUAGACGUAGCAGGACCUCCACCUCAAGCUCCGCAGGUGGAGAUCAGGAGAUCUCUACCAGAACUGCUGAAGGGAAACACUGCUGCGCUCCAGUGUGACAUCACACAGCUCUCCUCACAGGACAUUUACGUCACAUUUCAGGCCAAUGGAGUUGAUAUGUCUGAGAAACAGUAUGUUGAUCUUCCUGAAGCUCCAGGCCACCAUUCAGUCAGCAGAAGCUUCUCUGUGCCUCAACGUUACUGGACUAGUGACACAAGUUUCACCUGCACAGUGUACCAAGGCCUCUCCAUCACACCUUUCAUGUCUAAUUCCAUUAGCAAAAUAAUUGUGGACCCCUCAGUGGAACUCCUUCUGGCCCCCAGUGAAGAGUCAGGACAACAGAAACUCUUGUGCUCUGGAUUGGGCUUCAACCCUCAAAUUAAAUGGUUAUCUGAGUCAAAGGAGAUAUCCUCAUCAACUGAACACAUCAGCAUAGAUUCAAAUGGAUAUGUGGCAGUUACCAGUAAGCUACUGGUUCCUCAGACGGAGUGGAAAACUGGGAAGGUUUUCACCUGUGAAGCAUCUGACAGCUCUCUGAGAAAACAUUUCAGAAAGAACAUCAGUCUCUGCUCAGGUUGUUCAAGUGCUCCUCCUUCCAUCCACGUAGAGAUUCCCAGUUUUCAGACUGUAAUGAAGUCAGUCUCUGAGGUGAAAGCCACAUGUUUGCUCCACACUGCCUUUGAUGCCAAAAUCACCUGGCUGAUGGAUGGGAGGGUCUUACCAAGUGAUAAAGUGACAACGACUUCAAACACAACUCAUAUAUUCAGUGAUGCUACAGUUUCCUCGAGUCAGUGGAAGCAGAUGAAGAAAGUAACAUGUAGAGCAGAACAUAAGUGCUUCACAUCUGCUGAGAAGACAGUAGACGUAGCAGGACCUCCACCUCAAGCUCCGCAGGUGGAGAUCAGGAGAUCUCUACCAGAACUGCUGAAGGGAAACACUGUUGCUCUACAGUGUGACAUCACACAGCUCUCCUCACAGGACAUUUACGUCACAUUUCAAGCCAAUGGAGUUGAUAUGUCUGAGAAACAGUAUGUUGAUCUUCCUGAAGCUCCAGGCCACCAUUCAGUCAGCAGAAGCUUCUCUGUGCCUCAACGUUACUGGACUAGUGACACGAGUUUCACCUGCACAGUGUACCAAGGCCUCUCCAGCACACCUUUCACGUCUAAUUCCAUUAGCAAAAUAUUUGUGGACCCCUCAGUGGAACUCCUUCUGGCCCCCAGUGAAGAGUCAGGACAACAGAAACUCUUGUGCUCUGGAUUGGGCUUCAACCCUCAAAUUAAAUGGUUAUCUGAGUCAAAGGAGAUAUCCUCAUCAACUAAACACAUCAGCAUAGAUUCAAAUGGAUAUGUGGCAGUUACCAGUAAGCUACUGGUUCCUCAGACGGAGUGGAAAACUGGGAAGGUUUUCACCUGUGAAGCAUCUGACAGCUCUCUGAGAAAACAUUUCAGAAAGAACAUCAGUCUCUGCUCAGUGACUCCAGCAUCCUCUCAGAGAGUUGGUGUCUACGUUCAGGGACCACCACUAGAGCAGCUUCAGAACAAGGGACAUGUGACUAUCACCUGCCUUUUGGUCGGCCCUCAUCUCAGUGAUUUCUCCAUCAAAUGGAAAGUGGAUGGAAAAACCUGUUCACCUUCUAACGUCUAUGUGGAGCAACCUGUGGAUCACAGCAAUGGUACAGAGACUUUGCGCAGCUUUCUCAACGUAUCAGCGGAGGAUUGGCUUGCACAUGAACAAGUGUCUUGUGAAGGAAAGCAUCGAUGUUCUAAUCAGGGUCAUGAGGACUACAUCAGUAAAAGCAAAGAUUUGUAUCCACCAGCUGUGACGAUAAUCCAACCAACUGCCUCUGAGUUGUCUGCGUCUGACAACUUCAUGCUUACUUGCUCAGUUUCUGGAUUUUUCCCAUCGAGCAUCAUUUUGCACUGGGAAGAGAAUAGCCAGAGACUCCCAUCCUCUCGUUACAUUAACAGUCCUCCAUGGAAAUACCCAGGAAGAAGCUCUUAUUCAAUGAGAAGCAGACUCAAUAUAUCCAAGACUGAGGACAAAAAGUCAACUUAUACUUGUGUUGUCAGACAUGAAUCAUCAGAGACCCCAGUUAGAAGCAGUAUACAUGAUGUUUUCGCCUCAGUGACCCACAGCAAACCUUCAGCCAUCUUGCUCCAAGGCUCUAACGAACUUGUGUGUCUGGUCUCUGGCUUCAGCCCUGCAUCCAUUAACAUCACCUGGUUUCGUGAUGAAAAUGUACAACUUUCAAACUACAAUAAUAGCGAGGUCCACAGAGGACCAGAUGGAAAGUUCAGCAUUCAAAGCAGCCUUCGUCUGUCCCAAGUGGACUCCUUACCCGGGGUGGUUAUCACCUGCAGGGUGACACAUGAAAACACCACCCUGACUCGGAAUAUAUCUAAAACAGACACGCUGGAGCACUGCCAUUUCUUUGAUGACAUCACGCAUGCUGAUAUAAGCCAAGAUACAGUUGUGGAAACGUGGUAUAUGGCUGUGCUUUACCUCGUUCUUUUCUUCAUCACUGUCAUAUUUGCUGUCGUUAUCAUGAUUAUUAAGACUAAAUGAUGAUAACAAGAGGGCAGAUCUCAAUUCAUGUAAACAUCUUAGGAUUUUUUUAUGACAUAUUUUGACUUAUUUUCACUUGUAAUGAACUGAUAUAGUUCUUUUGUGUGUUUGCUUUUAACUUGUUGAAUUUUAUGGAAUUUCAUCCAAACUUUAUUAUUUCUCUGUAUUUCAGUCAUGUAUUUGGUGUGGUAUGCAUGAAAACUACUCUAUGAAUGAAUUAGAUCAAUAAGUCAAACGUGUUUCACUGCAUUUAACUAGUUUUUAUUUAUUUAGAAGUCAAAAUCUACAUCUGUUUUUUUGUUUUUUUUGUUUUUUUUUUUUUAAGCUGGAAUAGUUUUUAAUAUUGUCUUUCCCCACACUGGAACUUUAUCUCUUGCAUUUCAUCUAUCCUAUUUUAGCAGAUUCCUUCUGUUUUUAUUUCAUUAAUUGCAUUUCUUUUAAUCUGUUUUUUAAUGUAUUGC